AUGCCUCCUAAAAAAGGAAAACAACUUGCUUCAACAAGUGUCGCAGUAGCAAAGGCUUUAAAGAAGAGUGAAUUAAACAGUAUUGUUAAUAAACCUGAACAAUCUUCGACGGAUAUUAUGCUCGAUUUAAACAAAUUUAAAUUUGAAAAGAAGCCGCCUGUAAAAAUUGAAUUUGAUAAGGAGUCUCCUACUAAACAGGAUCAAGAAGGUUUGUGGGAACCACCUAAAUGGAAAGAAUUUUUGGUGAAUUUGAGAAAUAUGAGAGCAAACAAUGAUGCUCCUGUGGAUUCAAUGGGUUGUCAUAUGUCCAUGGAUGAAGAUGCUCCUCCAAAAGUAAUGAGGUAUCAAAGUCUAAUUUCUCUCAUGCUGUCCAGUCAAACAAAGGAUCAAGUUACAUUUGGUGCGAUGGAAAGACUAAGAGCUAGAGGAUUGACGGUGGACAAUAUAUUGGAUAUGAGUGAUGAGGAAUUAGGUCAACUUAUUUACCCCGUCGGGUUCUGGAAGACAAAAGUAAAAUACAUCAAGAAGACGACACAAACUUUGAAAGAUCAGUACGAUGGAGAUAUACCAGACUCAGUUGAAAAACUCUGCAAGCUUACUGGAGUUGGACCUAAAAUGGCACAUAUUUGUAUGAAAGUAGCUUGGAAUAAAGUUACUGGCAUUGGUGUUGACACCCAUGUCCAUAGAAUAAGUAACAGGAUAGGAUGGGUCAAAAAAACUACAUCCACACCAGAAGAUACUCGAAAGGCAUUACAAUCAUGGCUGCCAUUUGAGCUUUGGAGUGAAGUCAAUCACUUAAUGGUGGGAUUCGGUCAGACAAUCUGUUUACCCAUCGGACCAAACUGUCAGGAAUGUUUAAAUAAUGAUAUUUGUCCAUCAAGCGAGAAAGAUAAGAAGUCUCCAUACAAGAGGUCGCCAAAGAAAUCACCAGGAAAAAUGAUCAAAAGUGAACCAAUGGAAAUAGAUUUGGAUAAAGUAAACAAUCAUGAGGUUAAAGAUUUAACCCAGACAAGUUUACAAGAUGAAAAAGAUGACAAACUCAAAGUGAAAGAUUUAAUAUCAUCUGAGCUUGAAAAUGAAAAGGUUGUUAAUACAAGAAAAUCACCAAAACAAGAAGUUCAAAAGAAGUCAGAAAAUAUAGAGGGUCCAGAUAUUAAAAUAACUAAUGACAAGAAUUCUAAGAAAAUUUCUUCAGAAAAUUUAAAACGAAAAUCACCCAGAGUACUAAAACAGAGUGUGGCCGCUAGCGAUACAAAAACAAAAAGGACAAAACAGAAGAAAUGA